GACACUUCCUUGCCACGCAUGCCAACGCCUACAGCCACGCCGCGUGGAGUAGCCACACCGCGUGCAGGUGAGGAAGCGACAUUAGCCCUCGAAGAUGGCAACACGCAAGAAGCAGCUGCAGGUGAGGAAGUCUCCGUGACGGUUUCGAAGAGCCUCGAGGACGUCCAGGGGCCUCGACCUUCGACAGCAAACUCGGUCUUGAGCUGCCUCUCCGACUCCACUGCAGGUUCAGGUCCCAGUCGCCCUGGCACAGGCGACACGACGGCAAAGCCUUCAGACGCCGAGGCCGAAGCAGCUGAGAAGGCUGCUGCAGAGAAGGCAGAGGCUGAGAAGGAGGCGGCAGCGAAGGCUGGAAAGAAACAGAGCCUAUGGACUGAGAGUGGAAUGGCGUCCUUCGCCGGUGAGGGAGCAAGUGCUUUCCAAGAUGAGUCUAGCAUUGCCAGAGACGAGGCAGCGCCGGGAGAACGCAAGAGCUUCGGCGAUCUGGUUUCGGAGACAAACAGGCGCCCGUCGACA